CAGAGUCAACCCACCUCCAGAACUUGAGAGGGGAUGAAGGGGAAGCAAAUUAUGGGAUACUAAGAGUAGCUGGGGCACAGAAAAAGGACUAAAUUACCUUUUUUUUUAAACUCUAGAAAAAGAAGACACGUUUUUGCUCUUAAAAUACAUGAAAUCCAGCGUGCCUUUAGUGGAAUCCUCAAAUGAGACGUGUUCCUGUUUGAGGAAAUUAAUAAGAGUGUAUCUGAGGCAGGAAUAGUUAGAGCUCCCAGGCUGAAGUCAGUCCCUUGGAGGAAACAAAGCAACACGGCUGCUAAGAUUUUGAGACAUGGAGCCAUUUACUUUGAUUGGAGCAUUUUUCAUCCUGCAGAGCAUCUCCUUAAGCAGCACAGAAGCUUAUAGGCACCAUCGACAAGUCCCUAAUGGAAGCCAGCCAGGCGUUUGUCGCUAUGGAAGUAGACUGGAGUGCUGCUAUGGCUGGAAGAAAAACAAUAAAGGGCAGUGUGAGGCUCAGUGCGAGCACGGCUGCAAGCAUGGAGAGUGUGUUGGCCCAAACAAAUGCAAGUGUUUUCCUGGAUACACCGGGAAAAUGUGUAAUCAAGAUUUGAAUGAGUGUGGCCUAAAACCCCGUCCCUGUGAGCAUCGUUGCAUGAACACUCACGGUAGUUACAAGUGCUACUGUCUGAACGGAUACAUGCUAAUGUCCGAUGGAUCAUGUGCCAAUUCCAGGACGUGCUCUCUUGCCCAUUGUCAGUAUGGAUGUGAGGAAGUAGAGGGGGAGAUCCGUUGCCUCUGUCCAUCUGCAGGCCUUCAACUGGGCCAAGAUGAGAGAACUUGUGUAGAUAUUGAUGAAUGCAUAACUGGGAAGACUGUCUGCCCAUACAAUAGACAAUGUGUGAACACCUUUGGCAGCUACUACUGCAAGUGCCAGGAUGGCUUUGAUCUAAAAUAUGUCAACGGCAAAUAUGACUGUGUAGAUCUCGACGAGUGUGAAGAUGAAACCCACAAGUGCAGCCAGCAUGCUGUUUGCCUAAACACUCCUGGAUCCUACAGGUGUCGGUGCAAACCUGGCUUCAGAGGCAAUGGUUUUGAGUGUUCGGCCAAGCCAUUUUAUCAGAGGUCAUGGGAUGGAGACAAAGGCAGUGCAGAUGAUUCCCUUAAUGCCAUCCCAGACUCCCAGGUGAGGCCAGAGAUUCUGGGAGGUACGUUUAGCAACAAGGACAUAAAAAACACCAUACCAGAAGCAGUCGUGACGCCAUCCCCUAAGGUCCUCCAUCAACCUUUCGACUACGACGGAGAAAUCUAUGUUGGGACCCCAAAGGAGGAAGCACAAGAGGAAUUUCCUGAGGAGAAGGGAGAGGAGGAAGGGGAAGAAAACCAGCUCAAUCCAAGAGGAGAUGUUUUCAUCUCAGAGGACUUUGAGUCAGUGUUUGGACCCAACACAGAAGUCAAAGAAAUCUACAUUGAAUCACCACAGGAAGAAUAUUUCUUGGACUGCAACUUCGACCAAGGAGCAUGUGAAUGGGUCCAAGACAAAACUGAUGACAUGGACUGGACUGUGGCCUACCAUGAUAAUGAUGGCAAGUACUACAUGGCUUUGAGUGGGCUGAUAGGUGGCAGAGAAGAUGUAGCUAAGCUGAAAUUGCUGCUCAGUGACCGAGCCCAGUAUGGCAGCUUCUGCCUCACCUUUGACUAUCGGGUGGUGGGUCAUGAUGUGGGCUCGCUCAGGGUGCUGCUGGACAACAAUGCUUACCCUGUGUGGGAACAGAGCCAAAGCAAAAACCAGGGCUGGCAGACUGAACUCCUUACUGUGGCCUGGAGAGAGGAGGCUCCGCAGUCUAUCAUCUUUGAAGCUCAGCGUGGGAAAGGCAUUGGAGGUGAAAUAGGGUUGGAUAAUGUUGUGCUGACAUCAGGACACUGUCAAGAAGAUAUAAAUCCAAUCUUUUAGGAAUCAAACAUCUG